UGAUUUUGCCUAACGGAUUAAAGACAGUCAAAACAAAAAUUUCAUGAAAUUUGAAUGAGGUCAAACGGUUAGUUGUCCGAAGGGCGGUCGCCUUUUCUUCAUAUGAACCCUAAUCCAAAAGCUCAUGAGAUUUGAAUGAGUUAAGUAAAGUUGCCCUUAAAUUUGUGAAAAAGUGUGUUUCGAAGGGGAUGAACAAACGAUUAGUUGUAACAGCACUGGAAGGCGGUCGCCUCUUCCUCAUUAAACCCUACAGCCUAUAUACCCAGAACCCUAAUUGAUCCAAUCCCAAAAUUGCAUCCAAGGUCUGUCAUUCGAUCAGAUUAACUUUCAAAAUGCCAUACAAUGAAGACGAAUCCUCCGGCAGCGACUCCGAUGCCGGAUUUGACGAAGAUAUGGAAGCCCUAAGAAAGGCCUGCUCUGUCACAGGUGUCGACGAUUCUGUCGACGACCCCCCCAAAGCAUCCACCACCUGUAGCGAUUCUGGUGACACCUAUGCGUCUGAGGAUGAAGACAUAGAAUUACUGCGUAGCAUUCAACAACGUUUUUCUGUUCCAACCAACGAUAUUGGCAGUGAACAAUAUCCUAUUUCUAUGAAACCGUUAAGCAUCAUUAUGCCCUCUGGUUUAUCGGAUGAGAAUGAGGAUUAUGGUGAAGAUUUUGAAACUCUCCGUGCUAUUCAACGACGAUUCUCGCAGUACCACGAUAGCAAGAACAACAACAAGGAGAGUUAUGUACAGAGACCAGAGCAGGUUGGUGCAACUAACAUAGAAUUGGAAAAGGAAUCUUCCCCUAAUUUUUUUGUAAAGAGUAUUAACAAUGGACAAGGGUUUCCAGAUUGUGUAGAUGGAAGCAACACCAAUCAGAAUUUGGAAUUAUCCAGUAACAUUACCCCUGAGACUCCCUAUGCAAAUGACAGUGAAGGGCAUGAGCCUGGUUCUGAAAUUAUUCCAGCCCCGGAUUGUGGUUUUCCAAGAUCUGCACAAGCAUUUGUUGAAGCCAUCAAGAAGAACAGGAUAUGCCAGAAAUUUAUACGUAAUAAAAUAGGACAGAUUGAAGCAAGGUUGGAAGAAAAUAAAAAAUUGAGGGAGCGUGUUAAAAUCCUAAAAGACUUUCAGGUGGCUUGUAGGAAAAAAACAGGCCGAGCAUUGUCUCAGAAGAAGGAUCCACGCAUCCAGCUGAUUUCAGUUCCAAAACAGAGAUCUAAUGCGGCUAAGGAUAAAGAAACACAUGCAAUUAAUCAAGGCCCUGCUGAAAAUUGCCAUGUUGCAGAUUAUAGAGAUGCAAUGUCAAAAUAUCCAUUCUGUUUGAUUAGGGAACCUUGGUCAACAGAGGAGAAUGAGAACCUUUUGAAGGGAAUUAAACAGCAGUUUCAGGAAAUGCUAACACAAAACCUUUUCAGUGGUGAAGAUGUAGAUUGCCAUGAUAUGGACAACAUGCUUACAGAAAUCACACAUCGUGAAAUAUCAGCAGAGGAAAUCCGGUCAUUCCUUCCCAAGGUCAAUUGGGAACGCCUGGCUUCCAUGUAUGUCAUAGCCCGCUCUGGUCCUGAAUGUCAAUCAAGAUGGAUGAAUAGUGAAGAUCCUUUAAUAAACCGUGAGCCAUGGAGUCUGACUGAAGAUAAGAAGCUUUUGUAUACUGUUCAGAAUCGUGGGUUGAGUAACUGGAUUGAUAUUGCUGAUGCAUUGGGGACAAAUAGGACGCCUUUUCAAUGUUUAUCGCGUUUUCAAAGGAGUCUGAAUGCAUCUAUCAUAAAGAAUGAAUGGACUCCCCCUGAAGAUGAGGAGCUUCGUAAUGCUGUUGCUGAAUAUGGGGAGACCAAUUGGCAGCUUGUUGCUUCAACACUUGAAGGAAGGACUGGUACCCAAUGCUCGAAUAGAUGGAAGAAGUCAUUGAACCCAAUGAGGGAAAGAGUUGGGAAGUGGGCCCCAGAUGAGGACAAGCAUCUCAAAAUAGCUGUGAAGCUAUUUGGGGCUAAAAACUGGAACAAAAUUGCUAGAUUUGUGCCUGGUAGGACACAAGUACAAUGCCGAGAAAGAUGGGUUAAUUGCUUAGAUCCUGCACUUAACAUGAACGAGUGGACACCAGAGGAGGAUUUAAAGUUGAAACAUGCAAUUUCAGAACAUGGAUAUCUCUGGUCUAAAGUAGCUGCAUGUGUUCCUCCACGAACUGAUAGUCAAUGUCUCAGGAGAUGGAAGGUGUUGCUUCCACAUGAAGUUCCCAUGCUACAAAGAGCCAGAAAGAUGAAAAAGGCUGCUUUAAUAUCUAAUUUUGUGGAUCGGGAACACGCACGCCCUGCUCUUACUGUCAAUGACUUUGUUGCCCCUUUACUACUUGAGUCGCCUCCUGAACCUAAUCAAGAUCAUAUAACCUCAGACAAUCAAAACCAAAGAGCUGUUCCGAGAAUAAGAUCUAGGAGGGCAAGAAAGGUAAAUCCUACUGAAAAAGUAUUGAAAUUGAUUGAUGAAGAUGAAGAUGAUGGUGACAUGAAAGGUAAUAAUAAUAGAAUAUCAAAGAGGAAGCAAAGUUUGUCAAAAAACAACCCAAACAUAAACAUCUCAUCUCAAGAGAGUGAAUUGUCAGAUCUAAAUGUUGAUGGGGACAAUUCUGAGAUUAAAAAGUAUGCCCGGAAGCAGAAACGAAGAGGCAAGAGAGAAGAGAAGGAGAUGAAUAUGAAUAUCUUAAAUGAUUCCCAGAUGUGUAGAGAAACACCACCCAUAUACAUAUAUGAACCUGAAGCAUCUCCAGACAUGUGUAUGACUGAAAUCGAAUCCCCAGAGGGUGAGGGUGAGGGUGCCAUCACCACCAUCACUGAUAAUGAUAAUGAUAAUGAUAUUGAAAACAAGCAAAACCAACAGAUGGGAUUAUCUAUGGAUCCAAUCAAUGGUGCAGGAUCAACGCCAUUUAAAACCAAAACAGCCACCGGGAAGCGCAAGCGGAAACCAAGAGGCAACAAAGAAUAUGAGGAGGAUGGAACUUUCUUAAAUCAAAAGAAGACCAAGAGAAGCCAUCUGUCUCUUCCAACCGAAAACAACAAGUCAAACAUCUCAUCCGGAGAGAUAAUCAAUGCUCAAGCUCACGAAUCCCACACCUGGAAUCAAACACAAAGGAGGGGCAACAAGAAGAAAAACAGAAACAAGCAACAUGACAAGAGCGAUGAAGCUUUUGAACCUCUUGUUGCUGCCAUUUCAGAUAAAAAAACCAAUCCCAAUCCCAAUCCCAAUUGUAAUCGUGGGGAUAUAUGUUCACCAUCGUCUACGACCGAAGCACCACCCAUCGAAAAGGCACCUUCAAAUACAACACCUAGAAAACGUAAAAUGCAGGAAGGAGAUGAUGAAGAGACAAUUGGUAACUUUUUUGGUAGAUUAAAGAGGAGAAGUUGUAGUAAGAUUGAUGAUGAUGAGAUUGGAGAUGAAGAGACAAUUGGUAGCUUUUUUGGUAAACUAAAGAAGAAGAAAAGGAAAACUUAAAUGAAAAUAUUAUUAUUGUUUUGAUUUAGCAUAUCUUUGAAGGUCGAGUAGGGUGAGAUGGGUUUUGAUUUGGAUGUUGCGAGAAAAGGUUAUGUUUAAAAGAAAGGUAAAAGAAUUUUGUAUAAUGAGUGAUGAGUCCAAAGUUUGAGAUGUGAGGACUGAGGAGGAAUUGUCUAUAUCAUAUCGGGGGGGGUUUGCUACUUUGUUUUCUUUACAUUCAAAGUAUAUUUUUCAGUGAGUAUAUUAUAUAGGAAAGAUGCCACAACUUUGAACA